AUGAAUAUACCAAUCGACACAACUUUUGGUAAAGGUGGAAGUCUAAAUUUCUCCUCUGCAGCAUCCACUCAAGACCCACCAAUAUGUUCUAACGGUUUGGUAGACGUUCUGACCCGAUAUAAUGGCAGCGACCUGCUUAUGUACUCACGAUUUAUGCCUCCGGUAAAUGAUGUUGUUGAGAAAGUGAGUUAUCCCUUAUGGUGCACACUCGGUUUACCAGGAAGCAUUCUCAGCAUUUAUAUCUGGUCUAAAAAGAACAUGCUAAAACAGGGGAGUGUUGCUGCAGCUGUCUAUCAAGCAGGUCUCGGCUGGGUUGAUCUCUGUUUUUUCCUUGUUCAGAUUAUGUGGUACCUACAUACACCGUGGAAACUCCAAACUCUCGACCACAGUGUGGUAUGCGAAGGCUUUGCGAUUGCCAACUAUCUGCUUCAAUAUGCUAGUCCAAUGCUUACCCUAGUCUUUACUGUGGAACGAUAUAUAGCUAUCUGUUUUCCAUUCCGUGCCGGUGCUCGAAAUUUUGGAAAUAGCUGUAAGAGUGCUGUUCAUGUUGUUCUUGCAACAAUCUUAUUUUGUGCUCUUCUGGCUAGUGUUCAGGGUGUAUUUUUUACUAUAAAUGAUGGACAUUGUGGUUUACGGGAGGAUUUUGAAAAAGUGGGUGAGCCAGAAUGGCUAUUUUACACCGGAUGGACCUUGGUUACAGAACUACUUAUGUUCGGACUAGUUCCAAUCAUCUGUCUUAUCCUUAACAUUCUCGUAAUUAGAGCCUUGCACAGGCUUUCUCGCGAAGACCCAAGUGGAUCUAAAAGAGAUCGUCUACUUCCCCAUUCACCCACAUCAAAUAGCUGCACCCGAUUUUCAACCACCAGUUCUGUCUUCUUACCCCAACUCGAAGCCUCUAUCAAAGAACAUCAGAUUAAACAAUCCAGCACAUUGACCCUUCUUUGUGUUUCUUUUUACUUAAUCAUUGCCCAUUUCUCGGUUGCUGUCAUGGUUGUACUCUACUGUCUCUUACCAAUGGGAGAUCUUUGUAUGACUGACGAGCAAAUUGCUAAGGACCCUCAGUGGCGACGACAUUUUCGGUUUGUGACAGUGCGCUCGCUGAUUGAUUGCUUUGGGACUUCGCACUAUGCAGCUAAAUUCUACAUCUACUUGGCCACUAGUGCUGUUUUUCGGGAGCAGUGUGCACAGAUAUUCUGCUGUUGCAGACGGCAGCAACGCACACAUUCCUUGGAACCGAAUUCUUAUCAUGAUCAUACCACGGUCAGUCUCAUUAAUGGAGGAUCUAACCUUGCCAAUCACGCGGCACAUUCACUAGCAGGGUCGACUAAUAAUCGUUCAGGAACCUCUACUGCUUCUGCUCUUAUGCCUCCAAGACGAAUCAGUGUUUCCAGUAUAGGAUCCCGAGUUUUUGGAAAUGGAGCUUCCGGACGAAGAACACCCAGAACCCGACCACCAAGUGGACUAUCCCGAACAGUUCUUACUGAAUCUGGCGAGCGUGUUCAACUUAAAACUUCCUAG